CCCAAAGUGUCAAAAUCCACACAAGAAAGGCCCAAUCACCCCAAAAAGAAGUUGAGAAAGAAAAGGAUAAUCUUCAGCUAUAUCCUCUUGCUGUCCACGACUCUCUGCAUCCGCAAGCUUGUCUCUUCGGUCUCUUCAGAAAUCUUGAAAGACUGCAGACUGGUGGUGUAGUGAAUUGGGCGAGAGAGAGAGAGAGAGAGAUGGAAAACAUAACAGCAAGUGAGAUUGCAGGUUUUGGGGUAGGCACUCUGCUUCUGUGUGCCACAAUUGCUGCUCCAAGAGUUGACUCUUUCAUUUCUGCUUCCCAGAGGAGCUCGCUCGGUAUGUGCAGGAAAUGCGGCGAUCUGAAGAUAAUAGCUUGCUCAACAUGUCGUGGAGUUGGUUCGGUCAAGGAAGGCGGGCUUAUCAGAUUCAGUUUCGUGGACGAUUUAUAUCAAUUGCUUGGUGGCGACGAACCGGGUGUGAAAACCACACCAUGCACGAAGUGUCGAGCUAAAGGUCAUUUUCGUUGCCCGAAUUGCUCAAAAUCACGGUAAUUGAAGUCCGGCUUUUCCUUCACCUUUAAGAGGACAAAAUUGUUUAGGGGCCGCGCAAAUUGAUCGUUUGGCUCGCACACCUCCCCUUAUUUGUAACAUAGACCGGUAUUUGUUUGGAUUUGUCAUAGCAUAAAGACCCAAAAGAUGGAUCCUCCUGUAGGGGCUGGACAGUUUCUCUGCCUUGUACUAAUAGAGAUGAACACUUGCAGAAACAAUUGUUAAUGGAAGACAGAAUCAAAUUCACGGA